CGUUGCCGACUGCAAUCUGUCAUCCAGCUCCCCAUCGACGCCAUGUUUGCUGCCAGAUCACACCAGUCUGCCCUCGUCCGAUCGGCCUCUCGAGCUGUUGCUCCCCAGGCCUCCGCCAUCGCCGCGGCCCAGUCGCCGGUCGCCAUCCAAUUCCGAUCUUACCACGAGAAGGUUAUCGACCACUACGAGAAGCCCCGCAACGUUGGAUCGCUGUCCAAGAACAGCCCCCACGUCGGCACCGGCCUCGUUGGUGCCCCCGCCUGUGGCGACGUUAUGAAGCUCCAGAUCCUCGUCAAUGAUGAAACGGGCAUGAUCGAGGACGUCAAGUUCAAGACGUUUGGAUGUGGCUCCGCGAUCGCCUCGUCGUCGCUGGCCACCGAAAAGAUCAAGGGCAUGCAUGUCUGGGAUGCAGUCAAGAUCAAAAACACCGACAUUGCAAAGGAACUAUCGCUGCCGCCCGUCAAGCUCCACUGCUCUAUGCUCGCGGAAGACGCCAUCAAGUCGGCGAUCAAGGACUGGGAGUCCAAGCGGGCAAAGAGAACGGCGGAUCCCUCCGAGGCCUCGUAGAUCGAACUCUGCAUCCCAUUCAUUUUUCUUUCUUUCUUGAAGCCGCGGGCUUGCGCCUGACAGUGUCGUUAGCUGCCUCUGCGUCGCUGGCGGACACCGCGUCGUCUCCAUCAACCGGCCCUGAGGACUCAGACCGGUCCUUGCCCUUAGUCCCGCCACGCAGCGCACACUUCAAGUAGCCUGCCGAUAGGGCUUCUCCCGUCCGCAAGCCACGGCGAAGGUCCUGCUGUCCCUGUACUCCACCUUGCACAUCCAUGUUACGCUCAGCACAGAGCCAGCCGGGCGCUUGGUCCCAAAUGAAGUCUGUGAUAUGAAGUGUU